UCGGAGGCUGAAGCUUCCAGUCUGAGCCACCUGUAGCAGCCAGCGAGCACACAGCGAGGAAACAUCGUCCGUACAGCACCAUUAUCUUCACCGUUAUACCGGCCGAACACGGGGCUUCUUAACCGGUCUGGUCCUCCAAACUCGAGCCGUUUUACAACCGAAGACUUGAAAGAUGUUUCCCAGCAGUUAUCUACCUGUCGUGUUUCUCCUGGGCGCUGUUGUUAAAGGAACAACAGAUCCUAACACGCAUAAUGUCACCAGCGAUGGGAGAAUGACGAACGAGAUAUCCACCACUCCUGCAAUUUCUCACAUGUCUGUAACUGCAAGCUCAAAUUCAAGCAGCACCCACUCAACCAGCAGUUUUCCAACUUUACCAUCAUCCACCACAGAGCACUUAACAGCCUCAGUAGCUCCUACAACUAUAGAUAAUGCCGCAGCAGAAUCUACAACUACGAAACCAUCCACCACCCAUGCAGAGACGACCUUCUCCCAGCUGACACCUGAGUCCAGGACCACCACAGCAGCAGCAGUCAACAGCACCGUUACUGAGAACAGUAAUUUAACCACAGGCAGCCCAGAUGUCUCUCCCUCAGCUCCAACCAGUGGAACAACAGUGUCCACUUCAAUCCAAGAGACAAGCCAACCCACCAAAACUAGUGAGACCACAAAUACAACCACCACACCUAGUCCAGAUCACACAGUGACUGCAACUACACCUAGCACACAGACCAGCAGCGACACAACCACAACUACACCGAGCACACAGACCAGCAGCGACACAACCACAACUACACCGAGCACACAGACCAGCAGCGACACCACAAGUACACCGAGCACACACACCAGCAGCGACACAACCACAAGUACACCGACCACACACACCGGCAACGACACAACCACAAGUACACAGACCAUGCAGACCAGCAGCGACACAACCACAACUACACCGAGCACACAGACCAGCAGCGACACCACAAGUACACCGAGCACACACACCAGCAGCGACACAACCACAUCUACACCGACCACACACACCGGCAACGACACAACCACAAGUACACAGACCACGCAAACCAGCAACAACACAAGUACAAGUACAGUAACUCCAGAAAACUCUACAGCUGUACUAACUACAACUACUCUAACAAACUCUACUAACACCUCUCCUGAGACUCCUAUGUCCACUACUACACCCUCAUCCUCCACUGUCACCACAAACACAACACUCACAGGACCCCCACCCUCUUCACCUACCUCCAUCUCCACCUCCAGCUCCCUCCCUACAAAUACCUCCCCAGGCAGUAGCACCGCACCCCCUACUGGAAAUACCACCACCCUUAGUCCCUCAACAACAACCUCAGGAGUGACAGGCCACACCACUUUGACUCAUUCAACUGAACCAGCUAGUGGCAAUACAACAGCCUCAUCUACCACCACUCCAACCUCCACCACCACCAUCAGUACUGGUACCAUAAUCACUGGCACCACCCAGCGACCAACAGACAUCACCACCAACAACUCCACCACCACUCCAACCUCCACCACCACCAUCAGUACUGGUACCACCAUCACUGGCACCACCCAGCGACCAACAGACGUCACCACCAACAACUCCACCAUCAGUACUGGUACCACCAUCACUAGCACCACCCAGCGACCAACAGACACCACCACAGCAGCCCCACCCAUCCCUCCAGUGUGUCCUACUGUCCCGUGCCCACCUGAAAGUGAGUGUCUUAAUGGCACCUGCCAGUGUCUCUCUGGUAGCUUCCUGGUGGAUGGCCGCUGUGCACCUGCCCAAAUGUUCUCCGGCCAACUUCAUCUCAUCUCCUUGACAUUUGAAAAUGAGAUGAGCAACAGGUCCUCGAGAAUAUUCCAGAAGACGGCGGCUCAGAUCUCAGCAGUGCUCAGAGAUGCCCUCAAAAAUCAGCCAGGGUAUAAACAAUCUGAUGUUGUGCAACUUAAACCAGGAAGUGUGCAGGCCACUGUAAAUAACAUAUUUGACAAAACCACCGCCACGCAAGACUCUGUGGAUCAGGCCAUUACUGUAGCUAUAGCCAACCCAGCAAAUGCAUUGUUGGCUAAUGCUACAUUUACAGGUACCAACCUGUGUGACCAGGAGCCAUUACCCUGUGAUGUCUCCACUACAAUGUGCAGAAAUUCAAACGGCCGGGCUCUUUGUUCCUGUCAAGCGGGCUACAUCUCCAGCCUGUACUCAAACACCAGCUGCAGAGCGUGUCCAAGUGGACGGAGGGCAGUGAGAAACGUGUGCCAACUAUGUGCAUUUGGAUAUACUGGCUUCAACUGCAAUGACUCGUCGCUGCUGGCAAUGGUGGUCAUCUCCUGUGUGCUGGGAGGAGUUCUUCUCAUCGUUGUCCUGGCUUUGCUCAUAUACUACUGCUGGAGGGGACGCACAAAGAGCGAGUCAGACUACAGCAGCAGUCCAUACUCAUCAGGUGACUUAAACCAGCCCUGGCCCACCGGCAUCACCCCCAUCCCCCGCGCCACCACUAAAUGGGAUGCAGCUCCUCCCAUAGAGAUGUCAGAAGGGGGCAGCGCUCGUGUACUGGUGGACAAAAAGCCUCAAACCAACGGAUUGUCGGGAUCAUACGAUCUCAACCCGGAAGGAAUGAACACCUUCAAAGGUAAAAGCCCAUCCCGUUACUCCUAUCUGGUUCAAGGCCACGAGAACCCCUACUUCUUACCAGGAGACGGCAAGAAAGACUGAUCUGAAUCCAUGUGGAAAUGAGGAAAAUGGGUUCAAAAAGAAGCCACUGAUUUAAAACUCUGGGUCUUCAGGCACAUUUCCUGAGCAGGGUUAUUAUACAUUGUUCUUGCUUGGAUUAAUGACAAAUCACAAAGGACAUUACUCAACUUUGAAACAGCCACCAAAGAGAUUCAUUUGUAUGAGCAAGUGACGUUGGGCGCAUCAUGUGUAUUCUUUGGAAAGAGCUAAAUGAUGCUGAUCAUAACCAGUAGAUGUCACUGUUGCUCAGUAUAAUUAUCACACUGUUCUACAAACUACAUUUUACUUUUUUUAUGCUUUUAGUAAAUCAUUCUGUCCUCUUUUAAAUGAAGCUUCUUGUAUUGCUAAUUGCACUUAAGUGUAUUUAAAGUUUACUACCAGUUUUACUCUUAAAUCAAAGGUAAAUUGAAUGUGGGCUUUCAGGGGCUACUAGAUAUUUUUUUUAUGUUUAUAAUUAUUUUUUUAGAAAAAUAAAUCUUGUAUGACUAAAAGG